AAUGUCGGUCUGGAGGAUGUGAUGCAUGAGGAUGCUGUAGCUGCUCUGAAGAACACGGCCGAGGUUGUCUACCUGAAAGUAGCCAAACCCACCACCGCGUACCUGAACGACUCGUAUGCACCGCCCCGACCUCACCAGCUCAGCAUACUCCACCCACAUGGACAACGAGGUCUCGCACCCCAACUUCCUGGUCACGGAUUACCCACAAGCCCUCACUCCCACGUCACCGCACAGAUACUCGCCCAUCCCCAAAGGCAUGCUGGGAGAAGAUGACACGCCCAGCCGGGAGCCCCGGAGAGUGGUGAUCCAUCGCGGCUCCACCGGACUCGGGUUCAACAUCGUCGGCGGGGAGGACGGGGAGGGAAUCUUCAUCUCCUUCAUCCUGGCAGGGGGGCCGGCAGACCUGAGCGGAGAGCUGAGCAAAGGGGACCAGAUCCUGUCGGUGAACGGAGUGGAUUUGAGGAGCGCCACGCAUGAGCAGGCAGCUGCUGCUCUGAAGAAUGCAGGCCAGACUGUCACCAUCAUCAGCCAGUACAAACCAGAGGAGUACAGCCGCUUCGAGGCCAAGAUUCACGACCUGCGGGAGCAGCUGAUGAACAACAGCUUGGGAUCCGGGACGACAUCCCUGCGGAGCAACACCAAGAGAGGAUUCUACAUCAGGGCUCUGUUCCACUACGACAAGACGAAGGACUGCGGCUUCCUGAGCCAGGCCCUGGGGUUCCAGUUCGGAGAGGUGCUGCACGUGAUCGACACCGGAGACGAGGAGUGGUGGCAGGCCAGGAGAGUGAGCCCCGAGGGGGAGGGGGAGGAGAGCGGCUUCAUCCCCAGCAAGAGGAGGGUAGAAAGAAAAGAAUGGUCCAGACUAAAGACGAAGGACAGGGACCGGAGCAGAGACAGCAUCGGAUCACAAGGGAGAGAGGAUUUCGUUCAGAGUUACGAGACAGUCAUGCAGAUUGAAGUCCAGUACGCCCGUCCCAUCAUCAUCCUCGGUCCCACGAAGGACAGGGUGAAUGACGACCUCCUCUCCGAAUUCCCAGACAAGUUUGGAUCCUGCGUGCCACACACCACGCGGCCCAAGCGGGAGUACGAGGUGGACGGGAGGGAUUACCACUUUGUGUCAUCGCGGGAGCAGAUGGAGAAGGACAUCCAGAGCCACAAGUUCAUCGAGGCGGGCCAGUACAACAGCCACCUGUACGGGACCAGCGUGCAGUCUGUCAGGGAGGUGGCAGAGCAGCAAGUAAAGCAUUGCAUCCUGGAUGUUUCGGCGAACGCAGUGCGGAGACUGCAAGCGGCCCAGCUGCACCCCAUCGCUGUGUUCAUCAGACCCAAAUCACUGGAGAACAUCAUAGAAAUUAAUAAGAGGUUGACGGAGGAUCAAGCUCGGAAAGCUUUUGACCGGGCGGUGAAACUCGAGCAGGAAUUCACAGAGUGCUUCUCAGCUAUCGUGGAAGGGGAGAGCUUCGAGGAAAUCUACCACAAAAUCAAGAGAGUGAUCGAAGAGCAAUCUGGACCUUACAUAUGGGUUCCGGGGAGAGAGAGACUGUGAAGGAGGCGCUACUGUCCGUCCGUCCGUCCGUCUGUCUGACCGUCCAGUCGUCUGCAACUCUGCGAGAGGGGAGGGGGGGGGCAAGAAUGGACGCACCCCCCCCCCCCGCCUUCUGCCUCCAAUUUUCUUUCAACUUUUUUUUUUUUUUUUUUUUUAAACAAACUACUAAAGAGACGCGGCUGUUGCGUUGUUUUGCUUUUCGUUCAGCGGGUACAAGGACAGUUCGGACUCUGCCUGUACAGAACUACAAGAGAGCCAGACUUUAAUUUCUCUGCAGAAGAUUCCGGCUGUGCGCAGAACGCUUGUGCAUGGGGGGGGGGGGGGGGGGUUCUUUUUUUGUUUUUGUUUUUAACGACGAAAAAUGAAAACUGAAAAAAAAAAAAAAAAUCAAAAAAAUAAUAAAUCGAUGAGGAUGAAGAUGAUGAGGAUGAAGAUUAGGAUGAUGAGGAUGAUGAUGAGGAUGAUGAUAGAUGAAGAUGAUGAUAAAGAUGAUGAGGAUGAUGAUGAGGAUGAUGAUAGAUGAGGAUGAUGAUAAAGAUGAUGAGGAUGAUGAUGAGGAUGAUGAUAGAUGAGGAUGAUGAUAAAGAUGAUGAGGAUGAUGAUGAUAAAGAUGAUGAGGAUGAGGAUGAUGAUAAAGAUGAUGAGGAUGAUGAUAGAUGAAGAUGAGGAUGAUGAUAGAUGAGGAUGAUGAUGAGGAUGAUGAUAGAUGAGGAUGAGGAUGAUGAUAAAGAUGAUGAGGAUGAUGAUUGAUGAGGAUGAUGAAGAGGAUGAUGAUAGAUGAGGAUGAUGAUAAAGAUGAUGAGGAUGAUGAUGAGGAUGAUGAUAGAUGAGGAUGAUGAUAGAUGAGGAUGAUGAUAAAGAUGAUGAGGAUGAUGAUGAUACAGAUGAUGAGGAUGAUGAUAGAUGAGGAUGAUGAUAAAGAUGAUGAGGAUGAUGAUGAUACAGAUGAUGAGGAUGAUGAUAGAUGAGGAUGAUGAUAAAGAUGAUGAGGAUGAUGAUAGAUGAGGAUGAUGAAGAGGAUGAUGAUGAUGAUGAUAGAUGAGGAUGAUGAAGAGGAUGAUGAUGAGGAUGAUGAUAGAUGAGGAUGAUGAUAGAUGAGGAUGAUGAUGAUGAUGAUGAGGAUGAUGAGGAUGAUGAGGAUGAUGAUGAGGAUGAUGAUGAUGAUGAUGAUGAUGAUGAUGAUGAAUCUUUAUAUAUAUACAUAUACAUAUAUUUACCGGAAACCCAGGAUAGCUUCCGGAAAGAAAAAAAAUAAAAUAAAAACAACAAAAACAUAUAUAUAUUUAAAAAAUAAAAAUACAAAUUGUUAAUUUAUUACAUAAGAAUAAGCCCUGAAAAUGAAUCAACUGAUAAAUGUGAAUGUGUGGGGUUUUUAACUUCCUCUGGGGCACAAAAACGAACAUUAAAAAUGUGUGUGUGUUUGUUUGUUUGUUUUUUUAAAUCUAUUUAUUUUUACUUCAAAAAAAGUUUAAGAAGGUUUUUUUAAAAGACAUAUCCCGGGAUCCCCAAAACCGCAAUCCAGGUUGCACCCCCACAUUUCAGAUGUGUUUAUUUAAGCAGGACGGAGCCCUUGAGAUUCCGCAUCUCGUUUAUAGGCAUCCCCGCAGAAGGCGGAUCAAAUCAAAACCCUUAGACUUGGAAUCAAUCGGCAUCUCGGCUGAUUUAAUUGAACGGGGAGGCGCGGGGCUGGACGCGACCCGCACACCGCUGUCCAAAAACAACGCCUGGCCAGCGGGCAAGCUCAGCAGAGCGCUCCGCACGGCUCUUAUUUUACUGAACUGAAGCCCACACGUUUUGAUUUGAUCCGGUCAGUCUGUUUGUUAUCAGCCUAUCCCUGCUCUAGCGGUUUUGUGUUUAUUUCUAUGUAUGUAUGUAUUUAUUUAAAGACUGUUUUUAAAAAAGGUCGAGGCCCUAGCUGAAGGCGGCCCUGCUGAUUGCAUUUUCAGUUUUAUUGUUAUGAUAACUUUACUCUCAUUUUGUUGUCCCGCAAAAGUCUAAAUGCAGUGUAUCGAAUUACAUCAAUAAAUGCAGCUUGUGUUCUGGUUUUUUA